GAUUUUUUCAUCAGUACAGUGUCUGUGUGAGUUCAGCUCCACCGAAUCCCACGAGGAUGAGCUCCAGGGAUUGGUGACGGAAACCCUCCUUUCAGUGAGCUGGAGCUCGCACUUGGGGUGCGCCGCUGGCAACGUGACGCGCCAUCUGCAUUGCUGAAUUCCUGUCGGAAGUUAAGGUGGCUUGCUGUGAUUUUAGCGAAGUUUUGCGUUGCUGCUGCUGUAGGUCCAGCUGUGGUGGUGGGUGGAAGCCAGAGGGGCAUCUGAGCUGCAGCUCGGAGCUUAGGCUGAAGCUCUUUUAAUUGAGUCGUUUCCAUCGUGUUGAAUUGGUAGAUUGCUAGACUAGGCUGUUGCUGCUGCUGAUGAUGAUUCAGCUUCCGGGGUAUUGGUUUCCUUUUUUCUCUUCAGAGUACCCAAGCUUAGAGGUUGCUGUGUGGUUCGCGCCACUUCAGAGUACUGAACCUGAGCGCUUCAAAUAUCUGGCAAGGGUCUUACUCGCGAGGUAGUCUGCUAGGAUUGGUGGCCUUGUAGUAAUCAAUUGAGUCGUUUUUGCUUGGGUCGCAUGUACGAGGAGUCGUAGGCUGUGGAUUAUGGUGCUGGUUUAAUUUCUGAUUUUUUGGGGUUGAGUAUUGUAGGAUUUUUUUUUUUUUUUUUUUUUUUUUUUUGUGAAGCGACUAAGAGUAACGGAUGUUAGGGUAUCUGCUGGGGAUGGUUUCAUUUAAAACGAGUAUUUCGUUUGUUUUCGUUGGGGUUUUUUCCUCUCUCCCAAGCAGAAGGGGGAGUGGUGCUUAAUGGGCAGCUUGGAGGUUCGCGGGCUAAAGUUGUGGCUUUACGACCAGUUGUUGCAAUAGGAUGUGGAGGUAUCUUUGCAGAGGGAGCUGUUGUGAAGGUUUGGGGUGAUGUCUGAGGUGGUGAUGGGUACUAUAGAUGCGGAUGGAGACGCGGAAUUAGCUAACGAGCCAGUGAAGUUCAGUUGGGAGCAAAUUGUGGCAAUGCAAAAGGAGAGCGCGGCGUUGCGAGCUCAAGCAGCAGCUGUGUUGACGGCAUUGCCUGCAGGACCAACUCCCCGGGCGCGUCGUCUUCCUCCUCGCAAUGAGUAUCCGCUCUUUGUUCCUACUCUGGGGAACUCCGUUCAAGAAGAUUCUUUCAAAGGAAGGCUCAUGGAAUAUCGUUACGGAAGUAAUUCAACAAAACCAGAGAUUGAACUUGCCGAUUCUGCUACUGCACCCAAUAAAUCUGUGCAGCUGCUCUCCGAUGCGCUGCGCCAUGCUCACAGCAACAGAAGCAGUUAUAACCCCAGCGUCGCAUUAAGCCCUGAGACAUUACAAUUAAACGAGGUAACCCCCAAGUCCACCAGAUCCGGUAGGAGUGAUGCUGCUAGCCUUCCCGUAACUCCUGCUGGCCUGCUCCGACACAUGAUCUUGCAGGAGAGGCAGCAAGCUCUAAAUUUUGGAGAAACAAGUCGGAGGAUCGCUCCUCGUCCUACUAGACAGGCGAUGGAGGUUGGAAAGCUAGGGAGUGGGAACCGUGCGCGUACUGCAAGAGCAACCCGAAGGGGCUCUGCGUCUCCCACAGAUGUUACCUUGUGGAAAGCGUGUUCCGGGGGCUUGUCAAUGGUGGCUCCAUUUGCAGACGUCAUGGGUUUAUUUCUUGCAGGCUUCGGCUUAGACUCUUCAGCCCAACUCAACCGAAGACCAGAGGUGAACUACUCCACAAACCAGCCAAAAGCACAGCAACAGGCGGGGCUAUUUGGAUUCUUGAACUGGGGUGUGAAAAUGACCAACGAGGGUAAUGUAACUUCCGUUGGGAGGAAAACCGCCUCAGAGCGAGACGCCAGCAAAGACUUGGAGAAUACGAUGAAGAAUCUCCAGAAACAGCUGGAGCAGACUGAUAAGCAGAGACAAACCGAAGUAAGAAAGCUUCAAGUAGCCUUGCAAAGUAUGAACCAGAAGUUAGAUCACUUACAAGCUCACUGCCGAAACCUGGAGCUCGAGCUACAGAUUUGCAAGCAGACCAAAAUCUCUCGGCGAAACUCGCAAGAGUAUGAUGUCGAUGAAGAUGACGGCAUCAGCGAGAGCAGCAGCUUGAAGAUCAGCUCAGAACCAACUCGGCAACGGUUCGGUGUGCCUCACUCUAGCCUUAUCCCUGAACUCUUCAUUAGAACUUACGAUGAAGUUGUUUUGAGUAUGCGCAAAUUGAGCCGCGCCAUUUGUUACCACAUACGAGAAAUGGGUGCGUCAUCCUCGCAGGUGAUCACGAAAGUGUUAGAGAAUCACUCAGUUGGGAAAGGCCGAUUGCGGAAAGCUCAAAAGAUCCUAUUCUUUGAAUCUUUAUUGAAUCAGAUUCUGUUUGAGAGCUUCGAGAAUGUAAACUUUGAGCCCAGUGGAGGUGCCCCUGUUUUGGAUCCCAUAAUCCUGCAGCACGUCAGCUUUCAGGCAUUUAAGGAGCUGCAGAUUGUGACUUGGUUAGACAUAGAGGAACGGUUGGACAAGCAAAACGUCAUUGUGAACCACAACUUUCAUCAGUUCUUUGUGGUGAGGAUGGAGAUUGUGCUUCACCAGCUUGGAGAAGUCGGUGAAACCAACAUGCCGGGGUCGGUAAUUUCUGCCUUUUUUGAUGCCAUCAAAGCUGUGUGGCUGUUGCAUCACCUGGCCUUCGCCUUCCGGCCUGCUGCAACGAUUCUUCGCGUCUCCCAGGGAGCUAAAUUCGAGGCAGAGUAUAUGAAGCAGGUCCAUGAAUCCGAUGGGGAGCGGCGAGGUACUUCCGUGUUUCUGAUGAUAAAUCCAGGAUUCCUUCUUGAUGAUUGUGUGGUAAAAUGCAGAGUUUACUGCAGCAGUAAGUGAUGCGCGUGGAGCUGAGUAUGCCACAAAAAAGAUGGUAGACGUAGAUUGCUUUGCAAUUGAUUGAUCAUGUAGACUACAAUAAUUUAAGGCCGUUGUAGAGUGCCUGCCCAUUCAUAUCAUGAUUUAAGGGGAGGGUGUAGCAUGUACACUAUGAAUGUUCUAUGUAAAUGUGUACAGAAGUAAAUCCGUUCACAAGUAGCAUGUGCCGGUUCUUAGUACUUGUAACUUUGUUGCUCCUAAUAUUCCUAUCACAAACAGCCUAUCUAUUAUGUUUGUGUUGUAACCUCUCAAA